ACUGUUCCUAAACCAGUUCCGGGGUCAUUGUCUUGCAUUAUCUUUUUCCUCAGUAGUUCUGUUUUCAGUUUACAACUUUUAUACACAUUUACCAACACAAUGUCCAGAGGGUCGAGUGCAGGAUUUGACCGACAUAUUACAAUCUUCUCUCCGGAGGGCAGACUCUACCAAGUCGAAUAUGCAUUCAAGGCUAUCAACCAAGGUGGCCUUACCUCAGUAGCUAUCCGAGGACAAGACUGUGCAGUUGUCGUCACACAGAAGAAAGUUCCAGACAAGCUUCUUGAUGCAUCCACAGUCACACACUUAUUCAGAAUCACUGAAAACAUUGGCUGUGUCAUGUCUGGAAUGACGGCUGACAGCAAGUCCCAAGUCCAGAGGGCUCGUUACGAGGCAGCCAACUGGAAGUACAAGUACGGUUAUGAGAUCCCAGUGGACAUGCUGUGUAAGAGGAUGGCUGACAUCUCUCAGGUGUACACACAGAACGCUGAGAUGAGACCUCUUGGUUGCUGCAUGAUAGUGAUUGGUGUGGAUGAGGAGUGGGGUCCCCAGGUGUUUAAGUGUGACCCUGCAGGAUACUACUGUGGCUUCAAGGCCACCGCUGCUGGGGUCAAACAGACAGAGGCCACCAGCUUCUUGGAGAAAAAGGUCAAGAAGAAACUGGACUGGACGUUCGCACAAACAAUCGAGACGGCGAUAACUUGUCUGUCUACGGUGCUGUCCAUUGACUUCAAGCCCUCCGAGCUAGAGAUCGGUGUCAUUACAAUAGAAGACCCUAAAUUCAGGAUCCUGACAGAGACUGAAAUCGAUGUCCACCUUGUGUCCCUGUCAGAGCGAGAUUGAGUGUUUCCUUGUGUUCCAGACUAGAGGGGAGACUACCCUAGAGAGAUGACAGAGAGCACUACCACAGAUCUUCAGAACGAAAGCCCUGACUUGCUGUACAUUUACGCUGUUCAAUUAAAGAUAAUGUUUUCGAGGAACUGA